GGCGGGCGAUUAGGGUUUUUGGGGUUCCACAUUGUGUGAAUGGGACUCGGUGUUAGUUGUUGUUCCUGGUUUUGGUUUUCGGUGCCAAAGCUGGAUUAUUGGACUCGGAUAUACAUUGAUGUGAGUGGGACUCAGUAUUAGUUGUUUUUCCUUACUCAAUGUCUCCUUUUUGAGUUUUGAUUCAAUGUGCAUUGUGAGGUUUGUUGGAUUACCCGGCUGAAGGGACCGGCAUAAUGAUGUGCCUUCACUAUCGGACCGGUUGAAGUGCGUUCGGGUGAGUAAUGCCGUUGUUGUGUAGUGAGGUUGCUUUUUAUGGCGGAAGUUGUUUAGGGUGGCGAGAGAGCUGGGGCAUUGCAGCGAGGGCUCGUGCUCUUUUGUUGAAAGCAAUUUGCUUUUGGCAAAGGGUUGGGAGGUGACAAUCUUUGGGGUUGUAGUGUCGUGUCUAUUAAUUGGGUGCUUUCCAUGAAAGAAAUAGAAGAGUUUUCGAAAACUACGUAGGAGAAGGAGUGGAGGAGCUGUGGGAGAGAGUACUAUUUUGAUAGCCCUGUGGGAGAUGAGCCUUUAUUGUACUCUCUUAGAUUGGAAGGCAGCUUCAGACUUUGGUUUUGCCGUGAGUAGGGUAGUUGUCUGUUUCUUAGGUGUUGGUCCCCACCCCAAAUUUGCAACAGCUUAAGCCUUCAAAGACAGUGUUAAAUAUGGCGCAUGAUACACGAUCUAGUCGGAAAGUCAAGGAUGACGAAAGUACCAAUUCAAUUGGGAGGCAGAUUAGUAGUAAAGGAUCCAGCACUUCAGGCUCCUCAACGUCGGAUACACCUGUCUUAAGGAGGUCUUCUAGAGAAACAUUGUUGAAGAAAAACAACACUCUGAGCCCUUCUAGUACUCGGAAGUCUGAACGACUUGAGAAACAAACACCUGAAACUCCUCCAGUUAAGAGGAAAUCUGAGAGAUUUGAGAAUAAGUCAACCCCGAGUCCUUUAAGGAGGUCCGAGAGAGGCAAGACUCACUCAUCCACUUCUUCUGCAUCCAAAACAUCUGAUAAAAGCUUGGAUUCGUCAUCAAUGAAGGGGAAAAGGGAAAAGAAAGAGAAGAGUGUGAAAGAAUUGACUUUGGGAACUAAAGAACUUCGCAAAAGUGAGAAACAAAAUGUAGGACCUGGGCAAGUCAAACAAAAAAGGUUGAACACUCGUGAUUAUAUCGCAUAUCACCAAGGGCGCCUUAAUGCACCAGAUCAUGUUCAGAAGCAGAGUGAUGAACGUUCACCUCCACCAUGUUAUAAUGCCAUAACUGAAGAGAUUAAUCAUGCACCUGAAAGGGUACAGGUGGAUUGUUCUGCCAUGGGAAAUUUUAAGACGCUAGAGUUGACAACUUCUACAUCGAAUGGAAGGAUUUCUGAUGUUCACACUGGCUCAGAAGGCAGUGACUGUAUUACACCUUCUAAAAGAAAAAGGAAGAUGGUUGAUGGAGGAUCUGAUUCUUCUGGAGUAAAUGCAAGUAAAGAUGUCUGCACAGGGGUUGAUACUGUCUCGUCUUUGCCAUCUGGGUCGACAGGAAAUGUUCCAGUUGAAACAUGUGGUGUCUGUUUCAAGCGACAAAGGGUAGACAAUGAUUCAAUGAAGCAGGAAUGUUGCUCUUGUGGAACAAAACUGAAUCAGGAGUUAUCUGGUGCUGUAAAUGAGCCGGAUAGUGGAGAAGUCAUAGCUGAUAGUACAGUGAGCCAACCUGAAAAGUUUAACAUUUGUAUGCAGCAAAAGGAGUUGUCUGCAGAUCUCAUAACAAAUGGUGAAGAAAAUAGUGAAAAUACAUGCCUCAUUUGCACUUUUGGGGGGAAGCUCUUGUGCUGUGAUGGAAAAGGAUGCAAGAGAAGCUAUCAUCUUUCAUGUCUAGAUCCUCCUAUGAAUGCUGCUCCUAUUGGAGUUUGGCACUGUUCUGUGUGUGUUAAGAAAAAGAUAGAAUCUGGUAUACAUUCCGUGUCAGAUGGACAGGAGUCACUCGGGAAUGAUAGACAAGUGGAGGUAUCAGAUGCUGAUGAUUCUUCCAGGUUUAUAGAGUACUGGGUUCCUGUAGAGAUAUCGAAUGUUCAGCGAGAGCUAUACUGUGAAAAGCUACUGUUAAACCCCUCAUUACUUCAGUCAUCUUCAACAAAAGAUCUCGUUGGAGCACUCCACGAUCUACUUAGAUCGACCCGAAAGUGCUGUGAUCACCCUUACAUUGAGGAAGCAUCUUUACAAGAGAAGGUUAUGGAAUUUGAAGGCCUUCAAGCAAUUGACAGUUUCGAAGUAAAAAAGAAAGCAAUGUUGGAUGCAGGAAUAAAAGCUAGUGGCAAGCUUCACAUUCUUGACAUGAUGCUUAUGGAGAUAAAGAAUCGAGGUUUAAGAGUGCUAAUCCUAUUUCAGUCAAUAGGUGGUCUGGGAAUUUGUAUAGGAGAUAUUUUGGAUGAUUUCCUGCGUCAAAGGUAUGGUGAAGACUCUUAUGAACGGGUUGAACAGGGUGUUGUUCCCGCUAAGAAAGGUGAGGCAAUGGGCAAGUUUAACAAUAAGGAAUGUGGUAGGUUUGUGUUUUUAUUGGAGACUCGUGCCUGUCGUGCCAGCAUCAAACUAUCGUCAGUUGAUACUAUUAUUAUAUAUGGUAGUGACUGGAACCCAGUGAAUGAUGUAAGAGCCUUGCAAAAGAUAUCACUUGAUUCACAAUUUGAGCAGAUAAAAGUAUUUCGAUUAUAUUCAACUUGUACCAUAGAGGAGAAAGUUCUGAUUCUGGCAAAGGAGGAAAAGAUUCUUGAUAGCAAUUUGCAUAAUAUUACCAAGAAUAAUUGUCAACUGCUACUUUCGUGGGGUGCACCUUAUCAAUUUGUUAAACUGAAUGAGUUCCAUUGCCACAAUUCGCCCGCCUCUAGUGAAAGUAUCUUACCAGUAGAAUCACCUCUGAAAGAUGUCAUCCAGGAAUUUGUGUCCCUACUUUCUCAGGAUGCCAAAAACAAUGGCUUGGGUGGUUUCUCUGUUAUCUCAAAAGCUCAUCAAACUGGAGGAGGUUACAGUACGAAGAAUCUGUUGUUUGGCGAAUUGAAAUCUCAACAUAUGGGUGAUGGGAAACCACUUAGUUUUUGGAUAAAACUGUGGGAGGGAAAGCAUCCUCAGUGGAAAUAUUGUGUUGGUUUGUCCCAGAGGAACAGGAAAAGGGUAAAACAUACUGAUGAGGAGCUAUCAAAGAAACCACAAGUUGAAAGUGAUGAAUCUGUAAAAAAACGGAAGAAGGUGGGAAAUAGUAAUAAUGAUUCGGCCAACUUAAAGCCUGGAUUUGAGGGAAAAUCAAUCCCUGUAUCUGAGGAUGGAGCUUCUGUAACUCCAGCAGACAAUGUGCCUCACUCUUCUUCUAGGUUAUCUGCAUUUGUAAAUAAUAUAAUUGGUGAAAACCGUGUUUGUACUUCACAUAAUUUUGCUAAAAGCACAAGACCAGAAAGUGACAUGUUUGAAUCUAAGGAGAGAAGAAAAUUGCUUGAUGCCCAAAAGAGUCUGCAUCUUCAUUUGAAGCCAGAGAUAUCAAAACUUUGUGGAAUCCUACAACUCUCAGAUCUUCACAAGGUUUGGGUUGAAAAGUUUCUUGAAUAUGUCAUGAAGAAUCACAAUGUUACUAGAGAACCAGCAAACAUAUUGCAGGCAUUUCAGAUAUCUCUGUGUUGGACUGUGGCUUCAAUUCUGAAGCACAAAGUCGACCACAAAGAAUCUUUUGCACGUGCUAAGCAGCAUCUUAACUUCAAUUGCCAAAAGGAAGAGGCGGACCGUGUUUAUUCAAUGCUGCGGUGUCUGAAGAAAAUGUUUCUAUACCGCACAAGGAAUUUUAAGGCUGCAGACCCUCCAAAUUUCUCUGAACUCUCAAAUAAUGGUACAAUUUCAAACUUGGAGGGGGUCAAAUCAGGUGUUGAAGACUAUCAGCUAUAUUUAGCAGGAAAAGAUGUCUCAAAAUGUAUCAAUGAAAUUCAGAAAAAGUUCCAGAAGAAGAUGAAAAAACUUGUUGAGAAGCAAUCUAAAGAGAGAAGUGAACUUUUGAGAUUAUACGAGGAGCAAAAGGAGCAACUCGAAAUGAAGCACAAAAUAGAGUUGGCUGUAAAUCGAAUUACUUCAAUGAGUGCAGAUAGUUUGAGGGUCAAGGAAACUGAAUUUGAAAAGGAAAUUGAAGAGCAUAAACACAAGGUGGACAUACAUUUGCAGCUUCUCGAGAAAUUGCAGCUGGAAGCAAGGCUUAAGCUGAAAGAGAAUAAGAACCAACGGGUAGAGGAAGUGCAAAAGUGGGUUCGUGAUGAGUUGUUGAAUAAUUCACCUUCAAAUGCACCUGAUGAAACUGUAGCGUGUAGCAGUCCUCUUAGAACAGUCACGACUCCAGCUAGACUGAUUGUUACAAAUGGUGCACUUGAUCCAAUCACUUCUGAGGUUUUUUAUAGUACUGGGAAAAACAAGGAUGGCGUUUCUGGUGAUAAUCAAGCAAACGUUGCUACUGUGAUUCCUUGUGCCAAAGAGCUGAUGACUAAUGGAGGCACUUCAGAAAAUGGGGAGGCUCUGCUGGAUGUCCCGGAAAUUAUCUGCUCUAGCAAAGUAGUCACCUCCGGUCUUCCUUCAUUUGAAGAAAGGAUUGACAAGUCUGACAAAUCACCCAUUUGUGAUAGGGUUGUCAGACUGGAAGAGCCCAUAACUGUCAGUCCACUGACUCUAUCUGCUACAGAACAGAAUCCUCAUGGUGCUACAUUAAGCAUGGCUGACAGAGAGGCUCCACUGGAAUUGCAUGAGACCGUCAGUUCGAUUCAUGGGGUGCAUGAUGAUGCGUCUGUGAACCCAUGUGCAUCUGCAGAACAAAUCCGUGUGGCAACAGUAAACAUACCAGGUAAUAUGGUUGAGUCGGCAGUGGAUGCAACUGUCAGUUCGAAUGAUGCCCUACAGAAUCCUCUCUCUAGGGUUUCGCCUGCAGAAAUAGAAAAUGGUGAAGUGCAAGUUACUGCAUCUGAUAUUGCAACUGGGGUCAACCAGCAGAAAGGAGUAGGAGUUGAUACUGAGUUAUCGUCAGCUGCUCAAUCUGUUGCAACUAUAGAUUCUGAGCACUCAGACCAUGAAGUGGCCACCAAUGAGCCUGUAGUACCAUCCUCAGAGACACCAGACCGUAGUCCUCCUCAGUUAUCUUCAGCUGCUGGAAUUAAAAAUCAGCCAAGUAGUGAGAACCGAGUUCAAGGUACCGGCUUGGCCACAUCGACUACAGGGCAAGAUGGAAAUGCACACACUAGCGAAAAUCAGAAUACUUGCUUACCUGUUGAAAAUCUAGCGUCCCAAUCUGUUGCGAUCAUAACAUCCGAUCAAUCUGAUCAUGAAGAGUCGGUGGCACAGUUAUCUAAUAGACCCGAGUUAUCUUCAGCUUGUGCAAUUGAAGUUCAUCAAAGUAUCGAAAAUCAAGACAGAGGUGUUCUGUUAGCCACAUCCACUGCAGUACAAGAUGGAGAUGCACAAGCUACUGGGAAUCAGAAUACAUGUCAACCAGUUGAAGAUCAAGUAUCCCAAUUUGUUGCCACUGUAGAAUCUGAUCAUGAAGGGCAGACGAAUGCAGCUGUAGUACAAUUGCAGCUUUCUGAGUCUGCAGCUGGUGGAAUUGAAAUUCGGCCAAGUAGGGGAGACCACACCUCUAACCAAGUUUCUCAGGCUCCACUGCAAUUUGUUGAGAACUAUUCUGUUCAAUCAAAUGAAACCGCUUUGCAGCCUGCACCAAGUCUUUCUUUGCAUCAGCCUAUGGAUAUACCUACUAAUGGAUUUGGGCUGCCUUUUUCAGACACACGGGCUACUUCUGUAACUAAUAGUCGUCCUAUACAUGCUGCUCCCCAGGGGACACUAAGGAUGCCUCAGCAUUCGUACCCUGAUCCACUUCAAAAUGAAUUGGAAAGAUUAAAUAAAGAUAUGGAACAAAACAUUAAGUCUCAUGAAGAUAAGAAGCUGCGUCUGAAAUCUGAUUAUGACAAGAAAAUAGAGGAGGCUGUUGCUGAACUUCGUCGGCAAUGUGAGACUAAACUUCAGGAGGAAGAAGCCGAAUUUCGGCAUAUACAGAAGGAACUAGAUGCAAAUUACAAUAAAGUUUUAAUGAAUAAGAUUUUGGCUGAGGCUUUCAGGUCUAAAUGCAUGGAUCUUAAGGCAUCAAGUGCAUGCGGAGUGCAGCAAGAUGGAAAUUCUAGUUUUAUCCAGCAGCUGGUUCAGUUAUCUAUGCAGCAAAAUGCACAUAGGCCUUCUUCAGUUUCUAGUUCGUCGUCAACCAGCCUUCCUGCAGCUAGCCUGCAGACUUCUAUUGCACCCUUACCCAGCCAGCAGGCUUCUAUUGCUCCAAUACCCAGCCUGCAGACUUCUAGUGCACCCUUACCCAGCCUGCAAACGACCCUACCUGCAUCUGCGAUUGCACCCAGUCAGCAUUACACGGCUCCAAUCAUGCAGACUGUUCCACUUUCCCCUGCUUCUCCGUCCAUUCCAGCAAGACCCCCUCACAUUGGUACCUUCUCUGGCUCCACAGGAAUCCCCCAAGGUGGAGGUCAGAUUCGUGCCCCAGCCCCACAUCUCCAACCAUUUAGGCCUUCAACUUCCGUUACAGGCACCAGUCCUCUGUCCCAGCAAGGUGGGAUGUCAACUCCCCGUUCUCAUAGCAACGGCCCUGCAACAUCUCCAUCACUUCCUCAUAUGCCACAAAUGCCAGCUCCAACACAACAAACUGUACCCUCUAGUGGGGCCCAACAUGUUGAAAGUGCAGGACGUAGCUCAACUCCUCAUUCUGCAUCUGCGUUGAAGUUGCUUAUGGAUAUGGAGAAUCGUUCUGGUGCAAAUCGAUCAGGUGGUUUGUUGCCACCCCUGACUUCAAGUUCAUUUAAUCAUCCUGAUCCUGCCAUUGCAAGUAGUGCAUCUGCCAACCCAGUAAAUACAGGUGGAACCCCUGACGUAGUUUGUUUAUCGGACGAUGACUAACCAGUUAUUAGAUUUCGAUUCUAAAUUUUCCUAAUGUUAUUGCUCCAUGUGUCGUUGGUGCUCUAGGUUAUACAGUAGGGUUGGGAUAUGGCAUAGGAGUUAGAAGUUGUAACUAGGAAUUUGCAUUGUCAAAUGCGUUUUGUUCUAAUUAUUGUAAUAUAGAAAGUAACUCGAUUGUUCAUCUUGCAAAACAUUUAAUGAGCACGGGGUUGGGUGGGGUUCCAUAAAA